GACCGACCCACGGCGCAGAAACAGCUCGCGCACUCUUGUCUGCAGGCAGCUCCGUUAGUAGGACACAGGUCGAGAACAACCCUUCUGGUGUCAGCAAUGCGUACAGUGGAAGGAGAGGGCACCGACUCAAGUUCCCAGGUGGCCCAGUGGUUCGCCGGCAGGUCGGUGCUGGUGACCGGGGCCACCGGCUUCCUGGGCAAGGCCAUCGUGGAGAAGCUGCUGCGGUCUUGCCCAGACGUCGGCACCCUCUACCUGCUGGUGCGGCCCAAGCGCGGACAGGACCCACACGCGAGGCUCGAGGCCUACACCUCAGACGUUGUGUUCUCGAAGCUGCGGGAGGAGCGGCCCGACUUCGCGCGCCAGCUGUCGGUGGUGGCCGGCGACCUCAGCGCGCCGGACUUCCGGCUGGCGGAGCAGGACAUGGCAGCCCUGCGGCGUGACGUCAGCGUCGUCUUCCACAACGCCGCCAGCGUCCGCUUCGACGAGACCCUGCGCCAGGCCGUCACCACCAACGUGGUGGGCACCAAGCACAUGCUGCAGCUGGCCGAGCAGCUGCCCAACCUCCAGGUAUUUAUGUAUGUAUCAACCUCCUUCUGUCAUUCGGACCAGCCAGUGCUUGAAGAGAGGCUGUACCCGGCAAAAGCAGACCCAGAAAAGAUAAUGGAUAUAGUUUCAUGGAUGGACGACGAUCUUCUAGAAGCUUUAACACCGAAAUUACUGGGAAACUUGCCUAACACGUACGUGUUAUCCAAGAACCUUGCUGAGAAACUUGUAGCCGACUACGCCUCCAGACUACCAAUUAUUAUUUCCAGACCGUCCAUUGUGAUUCCGACGUACAAGGAGCCGAUGCCGGGCUGGGUGGACAACACGAACGGCCCCGUCGGAGUGCUGCUGGCCGCCGGCAAGGGUCUGCUGCGCUGCGCCUACGGCGACCCAGACGCCAACGGUGACCUCAUCCCAGUCGACUGCACUGCUAAUGCCAUCAUCGCCCUCGUCUGGCAUUUCGCCCAAACCAAGCCACAGAGCCCCUACGUCUGCAAUGUGGCCAGUGGGGAGAGGCAUCGCGUCACCUGGGGCCAAGUCCUGCAGGAAUACAGGAAUACACUGAAAGAAGUUCCAGUGGAGCCAGGCGUCUGGUACCCUGCAGGCUACUUCACGAAGAGCGUUGUGAUGCACAAGCUGGUCCACAUUUUCUUAGAGCUAUUACCUGCCUACUUGCUUGACUUCUUAAUCAUGCUUUCUGGGAGGAGACCUUUCUUGGUGCACAUCCAGAAGCGCCUGCAAACGGGCCAGUUAAUGUUAAAUUACUACAUGUUCCACGAGUGGCUUUUUAUCAAUAAGGAGAUCUUUUCGCUACUCGAAUACAUGUCACCACAGGACCAGGAAACGUUUUACUUUGAUACCUCGGAGAUUGAUAGGGUCGACUACACGAGGAACACUGUAAUUGGAGCAAAAACAUACUUGCUACAUGAGGAUAUGGCAGAUAUAUCUGGAACUCGCAAACGACUCAACAGAAUGUACUGGCUGCACUGCACGGCUAAGGCCGUGUUCUACGCCUUCCCCCUCUGGUUGCUGUACUCGUGGUCCGGGCCGCUGCUGCGGGCGGCUGCCGCUGUCUUCGGGGGUCCUGGCUUCAGAUCCCUGUCCACCGGCGCCACGUCACUGUAA